CAGCUGUACCCCGGACAUUUGGUUUAGCAGUCUCUCUGGUCAAAAACAAACAGAGACCAAACAGAAACAAGUCCUUCGUCAAUCCUUCGAUCCCCCUACACUUCACCGCCGUCCCAACAAACCGGCAAAGAACUCCUACUCCUGCGGACCUUCACGCUCAUCACCUCCGCCGCCGACACAUCUCCUACUAGCCAUCUACCGCGAUGGCCGCUGCAGCAGUGCAGUCCAUAAGCUCAUUGCUGCAACGAGCAACGAUCGAAGACCAUGAAGAAGUACUGAAAACAUGCAACGCGGCACUUAAAAAAUCCAAAAACGACACACAGGCACAACAUGUCAAAGUUGUAGCUUUGUUGAAUCUCGAUCGAUACGAUGAUGCAUUGCGGGUCAUUGAAGAGGGCGGGGACGCGCUCAAGAAGAGAGCUGCGUUGGAAUAUGCUUAUGCGCUUUAUAAGUCGGGGAAGCUGAGUGAAGCCGUGGACGUUGCGGCCAGAUCGGGUGCGGGGAGAGGGGCUAAGCAUGUGGAAGCGCAGGCGUCAUACCGUGCUGAGGACUUCGUUCGAACUGCUGCGCUUUAUGAGGAACUUUCCCGCGAUAAGGAGUCGUUGGGCAACGAGGAGAACGAUCUGCGUAUCAAUUCCUGGGCUACGGAUGCUCAGCUACAAUGGAAGCGACAGACGGAUGCUGUGCGGCAUAAGAGACCGUCGAGGGAGGAUCUGGAGUCAUUCGAGACGGUUUACAAUGCGGCAUGCGGGAGUCUGGCGAGAGGGGAUCUCAACGAAGGCGCACUGCUGCUGAACAGAGCGAAAGAGCUUUGUAAGACUACGGAGGAUUUGACACCAGAGGAUAAGGUUGCGGAAUUGCUGCCCAUCGCUGUGCAGCAACUUUACGUCUUGAUCCGGCAAGGGAAGUUGGACGAGGCGGAAGAGCUGAUUAAGGAGAUAUCUGUCAAUGAAAUCUCGGAACUUUCUACGAAGAAGAUCGCCCAGAACAAUAUAAUCCUAGCUGGCCGGACACAGGCAAAUCCCUUCCUUCUCUACAAGGCAUUCCACGAGACGCCUUCUUCGACAGACGGUGACAAGCUCUUUGACUUCCAGAACAAGGUCAUGACGGCAAAUUCAUAUUCUGCGGAACUACUGGUGCAGAAAUAUGACGGGGUGAUUCGAUCUACGUCAAAGGCGCUUUCUCAGCACCCCUCGCCUUCAGUUUCGGGAGACGUGAACCUCCUCUCCGUGUACAAUGCAGCAGCCCAUGCGCGGGAACAGGUGGGCCAGAAAGGUCUGAAGGAGAUUCUACCUCUACUCGAGAACCGACCUAAAGAUAUCGGGCUGGUCCUGACCGUGGUCCAACUGUAUGUGGCCGUUGGUAACAUCACGGCUGCUAUUGGUACGUUAGAGAGUCUAUUACGCAGACUGGAUGAAUCAAUCUCAGAAGACGACCACGAUGCACGAUUCAAUCCAGGACUGUUGAGCGUGCUUAUUGCUCUUUACAAGCGUGAAGGCCGCAGAGUUCAGAUCAGGUCGGAACUUGCCAAAGCCGCGACUCAUUGGCAUCAACGAUCAAACCCGCCAGUUACUCUUCUCCGGGCCGCAGGUGCAUCUCUUCUGCAUUCCUCAGACCCCUCAGAUCUCUCACAAGCGGCCGUACUGUUCAGCAGCCUUCGCCAGCAGGAUCCGUCUGAUCGAUUCGCUCUAGCAGGCUAUGCUGCUUCGCAUGCGACUCUAGACCCAUCCAAGGUCGAAGCCGAAAUCGAGAAACUGCCCUCGGUACAGGAGCUGGUAUCAGAUGUCGAUGUCGCAGCUUUGGAACAAGCUGGUGUCCCCCUGUCCUCUGUGACCGUCGCAGCCGCGGCCGCGGCCUUCGCCGGUGCAAGGAAGAGACCUGCAAGCGACAAAGAGGGCGCAGCAAAGAAGCGCGUGCGGAAGUCCCGUCUUCCCAAAGACUACGACCCCAACAAGACAGCCGACCCAGAACGGUGGUUGCCACUGCGUGACCGCUCCACGUAUCGGCCCAAGGGCAAGAAGGGCAAGCAGAGAGCGGCUGACAGAACGCAGGGUGGCGUUGUCAAUGAGAAGACAGAGGAAGCUGCACAGCAGCAGAGAUCGCAGACACCUAGCGGUGGAGGCGGCGCAAGUUCGAAGAAGAAGAAGAAAGGAAAGAGGUAAUCUAGACGCUUCCUUGUGGAUGGUUAGGGGAAUGGUUUUAUCAUCUUGCAUUAUCAUGGCUAGAGACUCAUGUUUUAAAAAGGCCCACUUAUAUCUAGAAUCGAGGCUGAAACUGUUACUUAGCCUCUUUUACAAUAAAAACGAGCUCGAAAUAGAGUCUACA